CCCGCUUCCAAGAUGGCGGCGGCGGCGGCGGCGGCGUCCCUGCGCAGGGCGGGCUGGAGGCUGCUGCCGCUGAGGGGCCGAGCCGUGGCCUGGUGUCAGUUGCCUGUAGCAUCACGUGCCUUUCAGGCUUCAGCGCAGUUAAGGGCCUCAGAUGAACAGAAAUAUCAUCCCCCCCCUUCUUCUGCUCAGCAAUCGUAUGAGUCGCAGGCAACGGAAGACUCCGAUCCGGGGUCCCCACGCUCUCGUCCCAGGUACACAGAUCAAGGUGGAGAAGAGGAGGAGGACCACGAGAGUGAGGAGCAGCUGCAGCAUCGGAUCCUAACGGCGGCCUUGGAGUUUGUGCCCGCUCACGGCUGGACGGCAGAAGCCAUUGCCGAAGGGGCUCAGUCCCUGGGCCUCUCUAGUGCAGCAGCUGGCGUAUUUGGGACUGACGGAAGUGAAUUGAUCCUGCACUUCGUGUCCCAGUGCAACUCCCAACUCACCCAACUGAUGGAGGAAAAGCACAAGCUGGUCCAGCUGGGCCAAGCCGAAAAGAUGAAGACAGACGAGUUCCUGAGGGACGUGGUGGAAACCAGACUGAGAAUGCUGAUCCCGUACAUCGAACACUGGCCUCGGGUACCACGUCCACAUCCGGCCCUCAGCAUCCUCCUGCUCCCUCCAAACAUCCCAGCCAGCCUGAACCUCCUAACCAGCAUGGUGGAUGAUAUGUGGCACUAUGCCGGAGAUCAGUCCACUGAUGUUAACUGGUACACCCGCCGAGCGGUGCUGGCCGGCAUCUACAACACGACCGAGCUGGUCAUGAUGCAGGACACGUCCCCCGACUUCGAGGAGACCUGGCGAUUCUUGGAAAACCGGAUCGGCGAUGCGAUGGCCAUGGGUCACACAGUCCAACAGGUCAAGUCCACCGGGGAGGCCCUUGUCCAGGGAAUGAUGGGAGCAGCCGUGACCCUCAAGAACCUGACGGGCCUGAAUCAGCGCCGAUGAGGAGAGAGAAGGAGUUCACUGCGCCGUGAAAGAAAAGUGAAGGAGUUAGUUGUCUGGGAUUACCGUGGACACUCGAUUGAAGCAUCCAAGGGCCACUGAUGCUCUCUGACUUUGUGGCCAAGCCAAACCUCGCAUUGUGACUACAGUGUUGGCUAAUUAGAAUUUGAAUAGACUGUCCAAGCCAAGGCUUCCCAAUGCCUUUGAUUACCCUCCCAUUUAAUUGUUCAUUCACCUCAGGGGCAGGCAGAUCAUAUCCUGAAGCACUUUCGGGGGCCUAUAAAUCGGUGAUGGAGAUAUAAUCGCAACCCAGUGCUAGUGAUAGCCAUCAUUGUCCCCCCCCGAAGGCCACGCUGUAGAAUCCUUUUGUGGUGAUGCCACCGUGAGAUUUCGCCCAUCACCCUGAUUCUCUCUCCUUCCAUUUUUGAUACCACCUGAGCCAGCGGAAACCCUGGGUUUACAGGGAGUUUUCCAGAUAGCAGCUUUGCCCAUCCGACCCACGCGUAUGAUUUUGGGCCGUGCAGUCGUUAUUCUUAUCGAGUCCACCCAGAUUUGGAAGUUUCUGUAUUGAGAUUAUGUAAAAAUGAUAAUAAAGAUUCCCAUUUGAAGUGA